AUGGCGACCCAGUCCCCACGCGAAGAGAACGUAUACGUGGCGAAGCUGGCCGAGCAAGCCGAGCGCUACGAGGAGAUGGUGGAGUUCAUGGAGAAGGUCGUCUCCUCCGUCCCCGAAGGCGAAGAACCCACAGUCGAAGAGCGCAACCUCCUCUCCGUCGCCUAUAAGAACGUGAUCGGCGCUCGCCGUGCCUCGUGGCGCAUCGUGUCGUCGAUCGAGCAGAAGGAGGAGAGCCGUGGCAACAGCGAUCACGUGGCCACCAUCAAGGACUACAGGGCACGGAUCGAGAACGAGCUCUCUAACAUCUGCGGUGGGAUUCUCAAGCUUCUUGACUCCAAGCUCGUGCCGUCGGCCAACGUCGGCGAUUCCAAGGUGUUUUAUCUGAAGAUGAAGGGAGAUUACCAUAGGUAUUUGGCUGAAUUCAAGACUGGAAAUGAGCGUAAGGAGGCUGCUGAGAAUACCCUCAAUGCCUAUAAGGCUGCUCAGGAUAUUGCGAACUCAGAGCUGGCUCCAACUCAUCCCAUCCGUUUAGGAUUGGCUUUGAACUUCUCUGUGUUUUACUACGAGAUUUUAAAUUCUCCCGAUCGGGCUUGCAAUCUUGCCAAGCAGGCUUUUGAUGAAGCCAUUGCAGAGCUGGAUACACUGGGAGAGGAUUCGUACAAGGAUAGCACUUUGAUAAUGCAACUUCUUCGUGAUAAUCUCACAUUGUGGACUUCAGAUAUGCAGGAUGACGGAGCAGAUGAGAUCAAGGAAGCAGCACCCAAGCCUCAGGCUGAGCAGCAGCAGUGA